GAGAGAGAAACUUGUAGCGCAGCACAUUAACACAUAGUAAACUCCACCACUAAAGAAGUUUACGUUAUAUUCUCUCAUCAUUUUCACAGCAAAUAAACUCCCAUAGCCAUGGCAGCUGCUUGUGAUAAGAGUUUCUCAUGCAAUUACAUGCUCCUUGAACCAAAGGAUGUGGGUUUCUUUGAUCUGUUUCACAUCUUGUUUUCCAAUAACUUAGAAAGGAGGAGGUUCGUUGACUCUUCUGAGGAAACUGAGGACGACUUUCAGCGCAGAUGGCUCAUAUUUCUCUCUAUUGUUGUCCAAAAAUUGCUUCAAUUUGUGGCCAAGCCAAUGGCAGCUAUUGGCUGGGGGAUCGAGAUGUGUUUGAAUCUUGUCUCAAGUAAUCAAAACUUGGUCGGACUCCUUCUAAAUUUACUGCGAGGUAACGUGAUAAUACCAGAUAAAUCCUCAAGAACGUUCUUGUCGUUUAUUGGAAAUUUGGACAAGCGAGUAGAGCUGGACGAAAGCAUCAAGCCUGGAGAUGGCAAGUACAACGCAGCACUUAGUAUGAUGGCGUCUAAAAUAUCAUAUGAGAACACAUUCUACAUCCAAACUGUUGUCCAGGAUCAUUGGAAGAUGGAGUUCUUGGGCUCUUAUGACUUCUGGAAUGAUUAUCAAGAAAAAGCCACAACACAAGCCUGUAUGUUCCGUGACAGAAGUGGUGACCAUGACACAAUUGUUGUGGCCUUCAGAGGCACUGAACCCUUUGAUGCGGAUGCAUGGUGCUCCGACUUUGACAUCUCCUGGUAUCAACUUGAAGGGGUUGGAAAGAUCCAUAGUGGCUUCAUGAAAGCUCUAGGCUUACAAAAGAAUGUCGGUUGGCCGGAGCCUGAGCAAAUCAAAGAAGACGGUAGCCGCCCAGCCUUGGCUUACUAUGCCAUUAGAGAUAUGUUGAAAAAACUUCUUCUGGAAAAUGACAAAGCCAAAUUUAUAAUAACUGGGCACAGUUUAGGUGGGGCACUAGCAAUUCUCUUUCCGGCAGUUUUAACAUUUCACAAGGGGAAGGAUUCAGAUUUGCUGUUGGAGAGGUUGGAGGGAGUCUAUACAUUUGGGCAGCCUAGGGUUGGAGAUAAGGCUUUUGGGGAGUACAUGGAAAAGAAAAUGAUAGAGCAUAAGAUUAGGUAUUUCAGGUUUGUUUAUGGGAGUGACAUGGUGCCUAGAUUGCCUUAUGAUGACAAAGCUCUAAUGUUGAAGCACUUUGGGACUUGCCUCUACUAUAAUAGGAAUUAUGAAGUUCAGGUUGUUCCAGAAGAGCCAAACAAGAAUUACUUCUUUCCAACAGGGACAAUACCAAUGAUAAUGAAUGCUUUUGGUGAGCUCGCAAGAAGUUUCACCAUUCCAAAUAAGUUGGGACCAGACUACAAUGAAGGCCCCUUGUUCAAGUUGUUUAGGCUAAUGGGUUUGCUACUGCCAGGAGCACCAGCACAUUGUCCCCAAGAUUAUGUAAAUGCCACCAGAUUAGGAUCCUCGCAUGUGUUCCUCCCUCACACGAAUUCAGUGAAAUCAAAAUCCAUAUAGUCCUGCCUACGACUUCAUUGUAAUUAAUUUCAAAUUCCGCAGGAAUUUGUAGUGUGUUUCCAAGUUUAUGCCUUUCACUAAGAAGGCCAUUGAGUUAAUUAAAUCUUUAUUUCUUUUA